UAUCAGUUAGGCUUCCCCACAGUCACACUUUCCCUCGAUAAACCUCACCUUUUGCUUUUUCUCCACACUCGUCUCGUGGCACACUCACACUCACCGUUUCCCUCUCUUAUUUUCGUUCCGUCGAAGCAACCAACCCACCUUCUCUCUCAUGUAUUCCACGCCUCACCUUGACCCUAUCCCAGUCCGGUCCUAGUCACCCCCCAACCAGGACCCAGAUGCAGCCCACCGCCGCAAAGCCACCGUCCUCCACCUCCGCACUCCAAAUCCUCCUUACCCUUAUCAACGAAACCCUUUCUCACCUCCUCCUCUCUUCCCUCACCGUCCGAUCCUUCAUCGGACGGUGGCAAGUUCUCCACUCCAAGUUCACCUCUUUAAACUCCUCUAUCUCUGCCAUUUCCGACUCUCCCCACUGGGCUGAGAACCCUCUUCUCCACACCCUCCUCCCUAACUUACUCUCCACUCUCCAGCGCCUCAAAGCCCUUUCCGACCAAUGUACGAACUCCUUCGCCGGUGGCAAGCUCCUCAUGCAGAGCGACCUCGAUAUGGCCUCUACUGCCCUCUCCAACCAGCUCCACGACCUUGAUUUGCUUCUCAGAUCUGGUGUCCUCCACCAAUCUAACGCCAUCGUUCUCUCUCACCCGGGACCCGGUUCGGCCAAAGACGAGUUGAGUUUUUUCAUCAGAGACCUUUUCACGAGAUUGCAAAUCGGUGGGGUUGAGUUCAAGAAGAAGGCUCUGGAAUCUUUGCUUCAGCUGCUCAACGACGACGAGAAAUCGGCCUCCGUGGUCGCCAAAGAGGGAAACGUCGGUUACUUGAUUCAUUUACUUGAUUUCCACAACCAGCCGGCAGUUCGCGAACAGGCUACUUUCGCUGUCUCAGCACUUGCUUCGGCGAACGAUGAGUCUAGGAAGACCGUGUUUGAAGAAGGGGCUUUGGGACCAUUGCUGCGGAUUUUGGAAAGUGGGUCGACGGUUUUGAAAGAGAAGGCUGCCAUUGCCGUUGAAGCUCUGACCGCCGAUCCCGAAAACGCUUGGGCCGUCUCGGCAUAUGGUGGGGUUGCCGUUUUGAUCGAAGCGUGCCGAUCCGGAUCUUCGGUGACUCAAACCCACUCGGUGGGUGCCAUUAGGAACGUAGCCAAUGUGGAAGACAUCAAGAUGACUCUGGGAGAGGAAGGAGCCGUACCAGUCUUGCUCCAGUUACUGGUUUCUGGUCUCGGCAGGGCCCAAGAAAAGGCCGCAAGUUGCGUAGCGGCGCUUGCCUCUUCCGGCGAGUAUUUUCGCUGUUUGAUAAUUCAGGAACGGGGUUUGCAGAGACUGAUGCAUUUGAUGCAGGAUAUUUCGAGCUCCGACACACUUGAACACGUUUUAAGGGCGCUAAUCUCGCUGUCAACAUCCUCAGAUCACACAGCAAGGAUUUUAUCAUCAUCAACCAUUUUUGUUAUCCAACUCGGCGAGUUCAUCAAGCGAGGUAACUUAGUCUUGCAGCAUCUCUCGGCAUCGUUGGUGGGCUUUUUAUCUAUCAGCGACGGGAACAAGCGCGCCAUCGGUAGCUGCAUGGGGUCGCUAGUUAAGCUCAUGGAGUCACCAAAACCAGUGGGUCUUCAAGAAUCUGCAGCGCAAGCUCUUGUUUCUCUCUUGACCGUCCGAUCGAACCGGAAAGAGCUGGUCAGAGACGAGAAGAGCGUGAUGAGGUUGGUUCAAAUGCUAGAUCCCAAGAAUGAAGCGGUGGUGAAGACUUUUCCGGUAAUGGUUGUUGCAGCAAUAGUUGCCGGAGGAAGCCAGAGCUGUCGGAAGAGACUUAUGGCCGCCGGAGCAUACCCACACUUGCAAACGUUAUCGGAAAUGGAGGUCGUCGGAGCUAAGAAAGCCUUGCAGAGACUCGCCGGAAAUAGGCUGAAGACCAUCUUUAGCCUGACGUGGAGGGAAUAACCAGCCAAGACUCUAACACCGUCCCCGCCAAACAAAAAAAAGGAGGGGUUCGUUUGGAUUUUUCUAACCGUGGAAGAAAGUGAAAAGUACUUGCGUGGACAGGAACAGACACACACAUCGUAUACUCCAACCUUUUUUAUUAUUAUUAUUAUUAUUAUUAAUUUUUUCUACCUAUCAUAAUCUAUUUUUACUUUAUUUUAUUAUAUAUAAUAAUAUUCUAAUAUAAUAUAUGACAGAAAAAAGAAAAGAAGAAGCAUGGAUGCGGUUUUUUAGGGAGUAUCCUCGAUUUGCUUUUUUUUUUAUAUAUAAUUUUUUUCUUUUAAUUGUAAUCUUAGUGGAUUCCCAAUGAAGUUGUAUGAGUUAUGGUUGUAAUUUUGUUUAUUACCAAUUUAUGUAUGUGAAAUGUGAAUGUACAUUCAAGAGUGUAUUUUUAUUUUCUUUUUUCAAUCCAUUUGAUUUGUAAUGGUCA